AUGGGGAUCAAUGAGACCUCAUCGGAAGGUGGAAACUAUCCUGAAGAUAGGAAUACUCAGGUGCUCGACAAAUUGGCGCGAUUUAACCGUGAAAAGAUACCCGAGCGAGCUGUGCAUGCCAAAGGUGCAGGGGCCUACGGAGUGUUUGAGGUCACCGCCGACAUAUCCGAUAUUUGCGAUAUUGACAUGCUACUCGGAAUAGGGAAAAAGACACACUGUGUCACGCGAUUUUCUACCACCGGCCUCGAGCGUGGCUCCGCUGAAGGAGUCCGUGAUCUGAAGGGCAUGGCGACAAAAUUCUUCACUAAACAGGGUGAAUGGGACUGGGUGUGCCUGAACUUUCCAUUCUUUUUCAUCCGCGACCCAGCAAAGUUCCCCAGCCUGAUGCAUGCCCAGAGACGGGAUCCUCAGACCAACUUGCUGAAUCCCAACAUGUACUGGGACUGGGUGACAGACAACCAUGAAGCGCUGCAUAUGACUCUGCUACAAUUUAGUGACUUUGGGACCAUGUUUAACUGGCGCACUCUUAGUGGCUAUAUGGGCCAUGCUUAUAAAUGGGUCAUGCCGGAUGGUUCCUUCAAAUACGUGCACAUAUUUCUAUCAUCGGACCUUGGGCCCAACUUCACCGACGGCGGACAAGGAAGUAACUCAAACAAAGACAGUGAUCCAGAUCAUGCCACUAGGGAUCUUUACGAGGCGAUUGAGCGCGGUGAACAUCCCAGCUGGACUGCCAACAUCCAGGUCGUGGAUCCCAUGGAUGCUCCAAAGCUAGGAUUCAAUAUCCUAGACGUGACAAAGCACUGGAACUUGGGCACGUAUCCAUCAGGCGUGUCACUGAUUGAAUCACGACCAUUCGGCAAGCUCACGCUAAAUCUGAAUGCCCAAAACUACAAUUCCGAGAUUGAACAGCUUGCUUUCUCCCCAUCAAAUAUGGUCCCGGGGGUUGAGCCGUCGGAGGAUCCAGUGUUGCAAGCGCGAAUGUUUGCAUACCCGGACGCUCAACGAUACCGUCUUGGUCGUCAGAAGCCACCUGUCAAAACAACAGAGAGCAAAAUACACAAGAACCUGGGACCUGAAUUUGUGGACUGGGUUGCUCAGACUUCCUCGAAGACUUGGUCGCAGCCAAAUGCCGACGACUAUAAGUUUGCUGGAGAGUUUUACAGUGUCCUUCCUGAAUUUCGCAGCAAGGAGUUUCAGGACAAGAUGGUCCAGAAUAUCGUUGAGUCCGUGUCACUGACGCGUGAUGAUAUUAGACAGAAAGUAUACCAGACCUUUGGGUUGGUUCAUUCUGACCUUGCGCACCGUGUCCGUCAAGGUGCUGAGAGCCUUAUUGCGGACCGAACUCAUGGACUUGCUCCAAGGGAAGUCCCAGGGUCGGCAAAACUAUAG